AGAAAAAAAGGGAGAGAGAGAAGAGUCUUCUAUUGAAUCGAACCGACGCCACACCACAGAGCUUGCAAAAAAGCAGGAAAACCAAAAGCAAAGCAUUAACUAGAAACCAAUUUCAAAAUCAUAUUUCUCGUUUUUGUUUUUUUAAAUCUUCAAAACGUACAUCAUCGAGAUUCAAUAAAAAAUAAGUUUAACUCGAAUUGGAAAUCAAAUCGAAACAAAUCAAAUCAAAUCACACGGUUGAUACAAAGAUGUCGUGUUCAUCGUCAUCAGGUUCGGAGGAAGACGAUGAGGGAGUCGAUUCCUACCGGAAGGGAGGUUAUCACGCCGUUAGAAUCGGCGAUCCAUUCGCUGGCGGUCGUUAUAUAGCUCAGAGGAAGCUCGGUUGGGGUCAAUUCUCUACUGUCUGGCUCGCUUACGAUACUCGAACCUCGAGUUAUGUUGCUCUUAAGAUACAAAAAAGUGCUGCAGAAUUCGCUCAAGCUGCUCUUCACGAGAUUGGAAUUCUUUCAGUUAUUGCUGACGGUGACCCCUCUCAUUCCAAGUUUGUUGUCCGACUGAUUGACCACUUUAAGAUUUCAGGGCCAAAUGGGCAGCAUCUUUGCAUGGUCCUUGAAUUUUUAGGCGAUAGCUUACUCCGGCUGAUCAAGUACAACCGCUACAAAGGGCUUGAAUUGAAUAAAGUUAGGGAGAUUUGCAAAUGCAUUUUGACAGGUCUGGAUUACUUGCAUAGAGAACUUGGUAUAUUACACAGUGACCUAAAACCGGAAAAUAUUCUUCUCUGUUCCACCAUUGAUCCUUCCAAGGACCCAAUUAGAUCUGGACACAGUCCAAUUCUUGAAAAGCCUGAGGGAAGCCUAAAUGGUGGAGCUACCAUGAAUCUUAUUGAGAAAAAGUUGAAGAGGAGGGCUAGGAGAGCAGUUGCCAAAAUUUCAAGAAGAGCUUCAAUGGGAGGGGUAGUAGCAACAAAGCCUGAGAGAUCUAUGGAUGGGAUUGAUGUUAGGUGCAAGGUUGUGGACUUUGGAAAUGCAUGUUGGGCAGACAAGCCGUUUGCGGAAGAAAUUCAAACAAGGCAGUAUAGAGCUCCUGAAGUCGUACUAGGGUCAGGAUAUUCCUUUCCUGUUGAUAUGUGGUCAUUUGCUUGCACAGCAUUUGAACUUGCUACCGGGGACAUGUUGUUUGCUCCUAAGAGUGGACAAGGCUAUAGCGAAGAUGAGGAUCACCUUGCACUCAUGAUGGAACUCCUUGGAAAGAUGCCUCGAAAGAUAGCUAUAGGAGGAAUUCGGUCAAAGGAUUAUUUUGAUCGGCAUGGGGAUCUUAAGAGGAUUCGGAGGCUGAAGUUCUGGUCACUAGAUCGAUUGCUUGUUGAAAAGUACAAAUUCUCUGAGACUGAUGCUCGUGAGUUGGCAGAGUUUCUUUGUCCCAUUCUCGAUUUUGCACCAGAGAAGAGACCAACAGCACAGCAGUGUCUACAACAUCCGUGGCUCAACCCCACGAAUACUCCUCAAAACGAAAAGAAAAAUAACCCUAAGGUGGAGAAGCUGGACGUUGGAAUGAGCAAACUUCAGAUUAAGGUGGGUAAAUGAAGAAGGAAUUGCUAAUGCUACCACCACCGUCGCAGCCACCACCAGAAUCAAGUCCUCCCUCGUUCCUCCUGUAUGAGUAUUGAUUGUGAUUGUCAUUUUUUGGUUUGUUAUAUUUUUAAUAAGAUUAAUUUUUGACUAAUGAUUAACUAAAAUGUAAAAUAGUAAUGUACGUUGUGCGGAAAUGACAUGAAAGAGAAGUUUAACUGCAA